AAUCAAGUUUUUUUGCUCUUUUUUUCAACUCUGUGGCAAAAAUAGCUUCUCUGUGGUUCAGAAUAAACAACAACAACAAAAACCCAGAUGUGGAACUGAUCAGGAUCAGAUUUGAAAUGUGACAAAGAUACUUCUGACAGUGGAGCUACGGAUGGGGAAUGAUGUCUCUGUUCUCCUCGGCUAAAGGAGGUGGAGGUGGAGGUGGAGCCAAACCUCAGAGGCCCUGAGAUAGUCACCAUGGGGGAAAACGACCCACCGGCCACCGAGGCCCCCUUCUCCUUCCGGUCACUCUUUGGCCUUGAUGAUCUGAAAAUAAGUCCUGUUGUGCCAGAUGCAGACGCGGUGGCAGCCCAGAUCUUGUCUCUGCUGCCCUUGAAGUUUGUUCCAAUCAUCGUCGUGGGGAUCAUCGCGUUGAUCCUGGCGCUGGCCAUUGGUCUGGGCAUCCACUUCGACUGCUCUGGGAAGUACAGAUGCCGCUCCUCCUUUAAGUGUAUUGAACUGACAGCUCGAUGUGAUGGGGUCUCUGACUGCAGAGAUGGGGAGGAUGAAUUUCGGUGUGUCCGGGUGAGCGGUCAGAACGCGGUGCUGCAGGUGUUCACAGCUGCUUCGUGGAGGACCCUGUGCUCCGACGGCUGGAAAGGACACUAUGCGAACGUCGCCUGUGCCCAGCUGGGGUUCCCCAGCUACGUGAGCUCAGACAGCCUCCCGGUGGGCGCUCUGGAGGAGCAGUUCCGGGGGCACUUUGUGUCCAUCAACCACCUCUUGCCAGAUGACAAGGUGACCCUGCUACACCACUCGGUGUACGUGAGGGAGGGCUGUGCCUCGGGUCAUGCAGUUACCUUGAAAUGCACAGUCUGUGGUCUGAGAACAGGAUACAGCCCACGCAUCGUGGGUGGAAACGUGUCCUCGCCGGCACAGUGGCCCUGGCAGGUCAGCCUUCAGUUCCAGGGGUACCACUUGUGUGGGGGCUCCGUCAUCACCCCCCUGUGGAUCGUCACUGCUGCACACUGUGUCUACGACCUAUACCUCCCCAAGUCAUGGACCAUCCAAGUGGGUCUAGUUUCUCUGCUGGACAGUCCAGAGCCCUCCCAUUUGGUGGAAAAGAUCAUCUACCACAGCAAGUACAAGCCAAAGAGGCUGGGCCACGACAUUGCUCUGAUGAAGCUGGCUGGGCCUCUCACCUUCAGUGAGAUGAUCCAACCAGUUUGUCUGCCCAACUCUGAGGAGAACUUUCCUGAUGGAAAAGUGUGCUGGACGUCCGGAUGGGGGGCCACGGAGGACGGAGGUGACGCGUCCCCUGUCCUGAACCAUGCAGCUGUCCCCUUGAUUUCCAACAAGCUCUGUAACCACAGGGAUGUCUACGGAGGCAUCAUCUCCCCUUCCAUGCUCUGUGCUGGCUACCUGAAAGGUGGUGUAGACAGCUGCCAGGGAGACAGUGGAGGGCCCCUGGUGUGCCAAGAGCGCAGGCUGUGGAAGCUGGUGGGUGCCACGAGCUUCGGCAUUGGCUGUGCCGAAGUGAACAAGCCCGGGGUUUACACCCGCAUCACCUCCUUCCUGGACUGGAUUCACGAGCAGAUGGAGGUGGGUGCCGGCUCCGGUAGCCCGCACGGGUUCUCACGUGGCCCAGCUCUGCUGUAGAGAGCCAGAUGAGCCAGUGGCUACUGACUCAGCAAGCGCUGAUUUGGUGGCUUCAGGGCAUCAGUCCUCAAG